GAAUUCUUUUUUUUUAAGUUAUCUAUAUUUGAUACGAAUAUUCAGAUUGACUGGCAAUUUUCAUCAGUUUUGCUGCUUCGAAAAUAGUGUUAAGAGGGAAGUGUUUACUGUAUCUCAAAAUCUGCUGUUAUGUAGAUGCAAUCCCAUCACUUUCACCUGCAAAAGAUUGUGUUGAUGAGGGUUGUGAACUGGGUGUGGCUAAGACCAAAGAAGCUAGAGAGUUACCUGAGAAGACAAGGUCUCCCUGGAACCCCUUACACUCCUCUCAUCGGAGAUACUAAGAGGAAUGUUAAAAUGUUGAUAGAGGCAAGAUCAAAACCCAUCACUCUAACGGAUGAUAUCACCCCACGUCUCCUUCCUCUCACCUUGAAGAUGUUCAACUCUCACGGAAGGACGUUCUUCACAUGGAAUGGACCAGAUCCAGUGAUCAUGAUAACGAAUCCAGAGCAUAUCAAGGAGGCUUUUGGUAACGUACACGGCUUUGAGAAAGCUACUUCUUUCCCUUUGAUCAGAUUGUUACUAGGCGGGCUCGCUAGCUCUAAGGGAGAUAAGUGGGCGAGACACAAGAGGAUCAUCAACCCUGCUUUUCACCUUGAGAAGAUCAAGAACAUGGUCCCUGCGUUCCACCAUUGUUCCAGCGAGGUUGUGUGCCAAUGGGAGAAACUGUUCACGGAUAAAGAGUCUUCUUGUGAGGUGGAUGUUUGGCCUUGGCUUGUGAAUCUGACUGCGGAUGGGAUCUCGCACGCUGCUUUUGGAAGCAGCUAUAGACAAGGACAGAGGAUAUUUGAGCUCCAAGGGGAAUUAUCUCAGCUCAUUGCGGAAGAGCUUAAGAAACCUUACAUCCCUGGACUAAGGUUUUACCCAACAAAGAACAAUAGGAAGAUAAAAGAAAUAGACAAAGAGAUAGACACAAUACUGAGAGGUAUGGUGAGGAAGAGGAGGGAAGCUGGAGAAGCAGAACAUAAUGAUUUGUUGGGGAUACUGCUUGCAUCGAGUUCAGAGGAAUCUGGAGGAAAUGGAAUGAGCGUAGAAGAAGUUUUGAGAGAGUGCAAGAUGUUUUAUUUCGCAGGACAAGAGACAACUGCAGUGCUGUUGGUGUGGACAAUGAUUCUGUUAAGCCAUCACCAAGACUGGCAAGAACGGGCGAGAGAGGAAGUGAGGCAUAUACUCGGUGAUGAUAAUGAUAAACCUGAUAUAGAUUCUCUUAGCAACCUCAAAGUGAUGAGUAUGAUCUUCAGUGAGGUUUUGAGGCUAUACCCUCCGGUGGCUGAGCUUAGAAGAGAAGUCAACAAAGAAGUGAAGCUAGGAGAGCUUACACUUCCAGCUGGUGUUAGAGUUUACAUACCAACUGCUCUUGUUCAUCGCGACACCAAGCUAUGGGGGGAAGAUGCAGGGGAGUUUAAGCCGGAGCGUUUCAAAGAAGGGAUCUCAAAAGCAACAAAGAACCAGGUCUGUUACUUCCCCUUUGGGUGGGGACUGAGGAUCUGCAUUGGUCAGAACUUCUCUCUGUUUGAGGCCAAGAUGGCAAUGGCUUUGAUUCUCCAGAGAUUCUCCUUUGAGCUCUCUCCUUCUUAUGUUCAUGCGCCUCAGAUAGUCAUGACCACUCGUCCUCAGUUUGGAGCCCAUCUCAUCCUCCACAAGCUCUGAUUUUUUUUCUUUCUUUUUGUAUUUCCAUGGUGGUAUAUCAUCAACUGUGUGUGAUUUGCAUGUAAAAACUGCGUUUAUUGUUUCCUCAUCAGCGCCUCCUCCGUUUUAGCUCU